AUGACGACGCGCUUGUUCUUCUUUUCGUUAUUGUUCUUCUUUUCGUCUUUUGUUUUUGUCGACGGCGACGUGCAAACGCCUCAAAGAGAACUCAGAAAAGAAACCGUCACGAUGCAACUGUCCUACGGGAACGUAGAGCUCGGAUUUUAUAAAGACGAAGCUUCAAACACGGCGGACCACAUAUUGAAAGCGUUUAAACUCGGCUUGUACGACACCAAUCACGUGUUUCGAGUGGAUAAAAACUUUGUCGCGCAAAUCGCGGAUUGCAUGACGAGUCGAAGAGUUGGUUUGACUUUCGAGCAGAACGAACACGCGAGGAAGAAAAUACGAGGCGAGCACGUCGGGCAAACCAUCAAACACAGGAAAGGAACGCUUUCGAUGGCACGGUUCAACGAUCCAGACAGCGGGACGACGUCGUUUUCGAUUUUAUUAGGCGACGCGCCGCAUUUAGACGGGCAAUAUUGCCAAUUUGGGGAGUUGAUUAGUGGAUUUGAAGUGUUGGACGAGUUACAAAAGCUGGAGACGACGAAAAGCGGGAUCUUCGUCAUGCCAAAGGAGCGGAUUGAGAUUAUGAGCACUUACGUCACAAGUGGUGGCGAUGGAGACAACAACAACUGCGCGAAAGAAAAAAUCCGCGCGGAAUCUUUGGCAAAGGAGCUGCACGACAUCAGAGCCGCAAAGUUACCGAGUAAAAAAUAG